AUGUUGCGAUUGGGAAAGAUUAGGCCGAGCAAAUCCCCAGCAGGAGCCCCAAUCGUAUUUGUGAAGAAGAAGGACGGUAUUCUGCGACUUUGCGUUGACUACCGUGGACUUAACCGUGUGUCCAUUAAGAAUAGGUAUCCGUUACCGCUUAUGGACGAACUGCGAGAUCGAGUGGCAGGCGCGGUUAUCUUCUCGAAGAUUGACCUGAAGGAAGGUUACAACCUCAUCAGGACCAAAGACGGCGACAAGUGGAAGACAGCAUUCCGUACGCGGUACGGGCAUUUUGAGUACCUCGUCAUGCCUUUUGGGCUGGCAAAUGCGCCGGCGACCUUCCAGAACAUGAUGAAUGAUGCGCUGAGGGAAUUCUUGGAUCAGGGUGUAGUAGUAUACCUUGAUGAUAUCCUAAUAUAUAGCAAGUCUCGAGAGGAACACAGAGAGCUGGUUGGCAAAGUACUUAGUAGGCUACAAAAAUACAUCCUGGUCGCCAACCCGAAGAAAUCGUUCUUCGAGCUCACCGAAAUCGAGUUCCUCGGAUACAUCCUUGCCCCAGCAGGCGUCACCAUGGCACUAGAUAAGGUUAUGUCUGUUACGAAUUGGCAAGCCCCGCGUAGCGUUAAGGAAGUACAAAUCUUCAUGGGCUUUGCCAACUUCUACAGAAGGUUUAUCCACAAUUUCUCCGGGGUCUGUAAACCCAUUACCGAUUGUCUCAGGGGUGAUGCUAAGAACUUUGUCUGGUCUAUGACGGCCCAAGCAGCCUUCGAAAAACUCAAAACCCUGUUUACGUCUGCGCCGAUCUUGGUACACUUCUCUCCAGAUCGCCAGACUAUCGUGGAAAUGGACGCAAGUGAUUUUGCUAUCGCCGCAAUUCUAUCCCAGGUUAUUGACGGAAAGACUCACCCCGUUGCCUUGUAUUCCCGAAAGCUUAACCCAGCGGAACUCAACUACGACGUCUGGGAUAAGGAGAUGUUAGGAAUUGUGUCAGCCUUCAAGCAAUGGCGUCACUACCUCGAAGGACCUAGCCGAACGGUCCUCGUUUAUACGUAUCACAAGAACUUAGAGUACUUUUCUACAACUAAGGUUCUGAACCGACGACAGGCAAGGUGGGCUGAGUCUUUGGCGGAAUUUUACUUUAAGAAUAUUUACCGCCCGGAAACCAAAAAUGGGAAGGCAGAUGCACUAUCGCGACGGCCGGAGUACCGUCCUGAAGGGGGAGGCACGCUUGGGAAACAGCCGAUAGACAAGUUCUUUAAGCCCGGACAGUUGGCGGAGGAAGAGUUUGUGGUAUCAGCGGUGUCGCUUGCCUCCAAGGGGGUGAUUGACUGGGCUAAGAAUUUUCUAGAUCAUGUCAGGCAGGCGGCAUCGGGAGACCCGACAUGGGUAGGAAUGAAAGAGAGAGUUGAGCAAGGAGAGAAGCUGGGGGAACUAAAGGAUAUCGCUGAAAAAGACGGGCUACUCUUCUAUAAGAACCGACUCUGCAUUCCGGCAGAUGACCGUAUUAAGAUCCGAAUCGCACAGGCAGAACACGAUUCGAAGGCGGCAGGACACUUUGGACAAGACAAAACUUUGGAACUCAUCACGCGUAACUUUUAUUGGCCAAAAAUGAACGAGUGGAUUGAUGAUUACGUUCGGUCAUGUGACGAGUGCCAGCGCAACAAACCCAGCCGCCACAAGAAAUACGGUGCGCUUCUUCCACUGUCCACACCAAAUUCCGUCUGGCAAUCGAUAUCAAUGGACUUUGUCGUGCAGUUACCGGAAUCGAAGGGAUACAACCAAAUCUGGGUAGUAGUCGAUAGGUUCUCGAAGAUGUCGCCCUUUAUCCCUCUAGUAGCAGAAACGACCGCGCAGGAUUUAGCGAAGAUAUUCCUCGGUCAAAUCUGGCGACUCCAUGGGCUGCCUCUUGAUAUAGUUUCCGACAGAGACGCCAAAUUCACUUCAAGCUUUUGGGCAUCUCUUAUGGAAUUAUUGGACGUGAGAAUAAGAAUGAGUACGGCUUUCCACCCUCAGACCGAUGGGCAAACAGAGCGGGUUAAUCAAACCCUCGAGCACUACCUACGAGCAUUCUGCAACUACGAGCAAGAUGAUUGGGCAGAGCUACUCCCGUUGGCGGAGUAUGCUUACAACAACUCGGUUACCACCGCCACGGGUCAAUCUCCGUUCUAUACCAAUUACGGUUACAACUGUAAAAAUAUGGCAUUGCGACAUCGGUUAUGUAUGGUAAUUACUCAUGUAUAA